AUGACUAAAGGAGGGUUCUCGGGGUCAGCACUGUUGACGUUUUGGACUCCUGUGCUGCUAGCGUCCUGCUCCUUUACAGCUGUGGGGCUGCCUGUGCACGGAGCCAGGAUGCCUGCCUAUCAGAAUCUGAGACAACGUGUUGACAACUUUGUGGCAAACCACUUAGCAACUCACACGUGGAGUCCCCAUCUCAAUAAGAACCAACUAAGAAACAACAUUCGACAGCAAGUCCUCAAGUCAGGAAUGCUGGAGUCUGGCAUCGACCGAAUCAUUUCUCAGGUUGUGGAUCCAAAGAUCAACCACACAUUCAGACCUCAGGUGGAGAAAGCCGUGCAUGAGUUUUUGGCCACGUUAAAUCACAAAGAGGAAGCAAGUGCCAGCACAGUGCCCGACGACGAGAAGCCGGACUCCUCCAUCCUCACACAAGGUGUGCCUGCUCCUGGGCCUAGUGCUAAUGUAGCCAAUGAUGCCAUGUCGAUCUUGGAAACCAUAACUUCUCUUAACCAAGAAGCUAACGCUGCCAGGGCCUCAACAGAAACGUCAAAUGUCAAGGCCAAUGAGAGAGUAUCCAAAAAAUUCCCACCUCAACCAAGCACUGACACUAACGCCGAAAAAGAGAGAACUUCUGAGGACACAGCAGAUAGAGACAGAUCUCCCCCUGACUCUGUAGGGGAAGCACUGGAAGCAGCCCCUAAGUCAGAAGAAGCCGGUGACCUCCCAGGUCCAGCUGAGGAAAUUAAAAAUCACACAAAAGAGAGUAAUAGCUUAAUUCUCGUCAGUAAGGAAGUUCAGCAGGAAAACAGUGACCAAAAAAAUAAACCAACAGACAAAGAAAAGAAACCUGAUAGCAAUGAAAAAGGAGAAAGAAAGAAAGAAAAGAAGGAAAAGACUGAGAAGAAGUUUGAUCACUCAAAAAGGAGUGAAGAGAUACAAAAACUGAAAGACGAAAGACAAGCAAAGGAAAAAGAUGCAGAGAGUUCAAAGCUUCCUGUGGAAAAGAACAGUAAUAAAACCAAGAUGGCUGAAGGGACGAAAGAAGAUUGUUCUCUGGUAGAUUCUGAUGUGGAUGGACUUACUGACAUCACAGUUAGCUCUGUCCAUACCAGUGACCUUUCAUCUUUUGAAGAAGACACAGAGGAGGAAGUUGUAAUGUCUGAUAGCACGGAAGAAGGAGAGAUUACAUCAGAUGAUGAAGAGAAGAGCAAGCAGAAUAAAACAAAAAUUCAGACUAGUGAUCCCAGUGAAGGAAAAGUGAAAAACGUACGACACGCUUAUGUACACAAACCCUACCUUUACUCCAAGUACUACAGUGACUCUGAUGACGAACUCACUGUGGAACAGCGGCGACAGUCAAUUGCUAAAGAAAAAGAAGAGAGGCUUUUAAGAAGGCAAAUUAAUAGAGAGAAACUUGAAGAAAAGCGAAAACAAAAAGCAGAAAAGACAAAAUCUUCAAAAGCCAAGAGUCAAGGCAAAGGUAGUGUGGACUUAGAGGAAUCAUCCACCAAGAGCUUGGAGCCCAAAGCCCCCAGAAUUAAAGAAGUCCUUAAAGAACGGAAAGUUUUAGAGAAAAAAGUAGCAUUAAGCAAGAAAAGAAAAAAAGAUUCCAGGAGUAUUGAAGAAAAUUCUAAGAAGAAACAGCCACCUGAAGAAGAUUCCAAAGAAACCCUCAAAACAAGUGAGCACUGUGAAAAAGAAAAGGUAUCUUCCUCGAAGGAGCCGAAGCACGUACAUGCAAAAAGCGAAUCAAGCAAACCUGCCAGGAGACUCUCAGAGUGUGUGCACCCAGCUGAUGAGAACAGAAGUGAGUGCAGAGCGGAGAGAGAGCACAAGAGACGGACAUCAACCCCUGCUGCGGUGGAGGGCGCACAGGAGGAAGCUGACGUGAGAGAUGGAAAAAGGCAGGCAGAACGCUCAGAAACGGGCACAGAAGAGCUACCGAGACAGAAGAGCACACUGAAGAGUGAAAGACAUCUAAAGAAAGAUGAUUCUGAAGCACCACAUUCAAAGAGUCUCCCUAAGAAAGAGGUGAGAUCCUCCAAGGAGAAGCCUGAAAAGGAGAAAACUCUGUCGGAAGACAAAUUGUCUAUGAAACAUAAAUAUAAAGGUGACAGUGUACAUAAAACAGGCGAUGAGGCUGACCUUCACUCUUCUGAGAAAGGUUUAAAGGCAGAUGACAACAUUCAAAAGCAAAAUCAACAAGCAAAGCUUUCUUCAGAUGAUAAAGCUGACCGGAAGAGUAAACAUAGGAAUGAGAGGAAAUUAUCGAUUUUGGGCAAAGAUGGAAAGCCAGUUUCUGAAUAUCUUAUAAAAACAGAUGAGAAUGUUCGUAAAGAAAACAAUAAAAAAGAGAGACACCUGUCAGCUGAAAAGGCUAAAGCAGAGCACAGAUCCAGAAGGUCAAGUGGUUCUAAAGUUCAGAAAGAGCCUCUGAGUUCCAGGCAACACGGCACCUCGUUACAAAGAAGAAGUGAAAGUUACUCAGAAGACAAGUGUGAUGUGGACUCCACUCAUUUCGAUAGUCACUCAAAACCCGAAGAGGCUCACAAAGAAAAGCGAAGAACAAAGAGCUUGUUAGAAGAGAGACUUGUGCUAAAGUCCAAAUCAAAAAGUCAAGGCAAACAGUUAAAGGGGAUUGAAAUAGAGUUACAAGAAAGUGUCACAAAACAGGCGACUACUCCUAAACCUGAUAAGGAGAAGAACACCGAAGAAAGUGACUCUGAUAAACAGCGGAAGUCUAAAACUGAGGACAAACCUUGUGAAGAAACUGGUGCCGAGCCUGUGUCAGAGAGUGCUUCUUCACACACUGCACAGAAAGACGUUAGUCAUAGAACAAAGUUAUCAUUUGCAAAGGAGAAGUACAAGGGUGAUAAAGAUUCAAGCUCUUCCAGGCUUGAGAGAAAGUUAUCUGAUGGGCACAGAAGCAGAAGUUUAAAACACAGCAGUAGGGACGGGAAGAAGAAGGAAGAAAAUAAAUCAGAUGACAAGGAUGGUAAAGAAGUGGACAGUAACCAUGAAAAGGCCAAAGGGAAUAGUUUAGUGGAAAAGAAAUUAAGUAGGAGGUUGUGUGAAAAUCGAAGAGGAAGCCUAUCUCAAGAAGUGACCAAAGGAGAAGAAAAAUUAGCCACAAACAUUUCGGGCACUUCCAGUGUUCCCUCCCUUCAGAGGCCAAAAAAAAGUGGCGACACCACAACGAUCCCUGAACAAGAGCCAAUGGAAAUUGAUUCUGAGCCAGCCACCGAAAAUGUAUCUGUAGCAUCUAAAGCCCAAGACAGUAGCAAUCAUAGUUCUCAGCAAGACCUUGACUCUGGAAAUGUAAUGAAACAAAAACCUACUUCAGCCCUUCUAAAGGAGCCAUUAAGAACUUCCAUGGUAGAUUCAAGAACAGCAGCCCCAGCCUACAAGUCAGGACGCGGAAUGGUUGUGGGUUCUGAAAAGCAUGCUGGUCACAAAGCCACCCUGACCAAGAAAACCCACAUCCAAAGUACUGUUUCCAAACCAAAUCCUGAGGAGAAAGAAGCCGUUCAACAAGGAGCUCAUGAAAUAAUUAUAGACUCUGAAACUAGUCAUAGAAUGUCCCCUGCUGCCCCAUCAGAAAAUGAUAGCAUACAGAAGAAUUUGAAAAACACAUCCAAACCCUCUGAAGAACAUGUUGCUCAAGGAGAUGCUGCUCUUGAACAUUCCAUAAACUUAGGCCCCUCACCACCCUUAAGCUCAGCAACUGUUGUGCCUCAGAAAGGGUCUCAUGAUUCAGAUACAAUCCCUUCAGCUGUCAAAAGAACUGUUUUAGAAGGUGGCACAGCUAGCACUUCACUUGCGGACCAAUCUCCUGUCCCUCAUCCAAGUUUGACUUUGGGGGACUCAGAUGUCCCUAGGACAGGUGACAGCAAAGAAGGUAGUGAAGGUUCCACAGUAAAUACACCAGCAAAUGCAGGGAUAGAUAGCAUAAGACACAUUCCAGAAGGUUCUCAGACCCCUUUAUUGCACAGUAAACAAGGAAAAGUCAGUAAGCCUCACAGUAGCAAGUUAACGGACAUGGCUGUGGGGAAUGAGAAUGUUAACAAAGAAGUUGGCUUAAAGGACAUGGCCAAGAAAGAAAAUGAUUUAAUUUCAGAGCCCGGUUUAAAGCAGAACAUGAGAGCUACAGUAGAUAAUGGCAAAAAGGAUGGCAUUGCCAUUGAUCAUGUGGCAGGCAUAAAUACAGAAGAAGAUGCUGAAAGUAUUGAACUUACAGAAAGAGUAAGCAUAAAUAGAGGCCCGGGUGAAAUGGAAAACCUAUCCAUUGAUGGUGAAACAAGGAAUGAAAACAGUGAAGUAGACACCAGUGCUGGAGGUGAAGAUGCAUCCUUUGUUGUACAACAAAGGGAUAAAACAGCUAAGAAUGUGACAGCUGGGUCUGGUAAAGCAGAAAAGACUUUUAUUGCCACUAGUACUGAAGGGAAGGACAAAGCUGUUACCUUAAACUCAGUAAAGAUGGGGGCUGCCACAAUUACCUCUUCGGAAACAGGAGAGAGUGAGAUAGCUUUGCCUUGCACAAGUAUCGAGGCAGAUGAAGGCCUCAUAACGGGUGCCUGCUCCAGAAACAACCCUCUUCAUGUCGGGGCAGAUCCCAGCGAGAGCACUGUAUUUGCUGCAGCCGAAGAAGGUGGGGGUGUUGUCACAGAGGGAUUUGCUGAGAGUGAAACUUUUCUUACAAGCACCAAGGAAGGAGAAAGUGGAGAGUGUACCAUGGCAGAAUCUGAAGAAAGAGCAACAGGUCCAGUGACUGCCCAUACAGGUAAAAUUGAGGAUAAUGUGAAUAGUGUUGGAACAGAAGAAAAAGAUGAUGCUGUAACCAGUGCUGGCUCUGAAGAAAAAUGUGAUGGAUCUUCAAGUAGAGACUCAGAAAUAGUUGAAGGAACCGUUACAUUUAUUAGUGAAGUUGAAAGUGAUGGAGCAGUUACAAGUGCUGGAACAGAAAUAAGAGAGGGAUCCUUAAGCAGUGAAGAGGUAGAUGAAUUCCAGAAAAUCAGGACAAGACUAGGCCCCAAAAAAGAAACUGAGGGUACUGUGACAUGCACGGUAGCAGAAGGAAGAAGCGAUAACUUUGUAAUCUGCUCAGUAACUGGUGCAGGACCACAGGAGGAGCGCAUGGUCACAGGUGCAAAUGUGGUGCUGGUAGACAUUGACAGACCACCGGGGACAAGUGCCAGCCAAGAAGGAGAUGGUUCAGUGAAUGACGGUACAGAAGGUGAAAGUGCAGUCACUAGCACGGGGAUUACAGAAGAAGAUGGAGAGGGGCCAGCAAGUUGCACAGGUUCAGAAGAUAGUAGUGAAGGCUUUGCUGUAAGUUCUGAAUCAGAAGAAAAUGGAGAAAAUGCAAUGGACAGCACAGUAGCCAAAGAAGUCACUAAUGCACCACUAGCCACCACUGCUGGUCCUUGUGAUGAUGAAGGCAUCGUAACCAGCACAGGUGCAAAAGAGGAGGAGGAUGAAGGUGAGGGUGUUGUAACUAGUACCGGAAGAGGAAAUGAAAUUGGACAUUCUUCAGCUUGCACAGAAAUAGAAGAAAAUGAAGGGGCAUUGAUUUGCGAAAGUGCAGAAGGGGACAGUGCAAUUGGUACUGCAGUGGAACAUGUAGAAGCUGAAGCAGGAGCAGCCAUCGUAAAUGCAAAUGAAAGUAAUGUUGACAGCAGGAGUGGUACAGAGAAAGAGAUUAAAGAUACAGAGAUCUGCUCAAGUGCUAAAGGGAUUGUAGAAAGCAGUGUGACCAGUGCAGUUUCAGGAAAGGGUGAAGUGGCAUCAGUUCCUGAAGGUUGUCAGAGUCCCAUGACUAGUGUAGCUUCCGAUCAAAGUGACAGACAGCUUGCCAGGAAAGAAAAAGUUGAAGAUGCCACCAUUUCCACUGGCAUUGUGGGGGGUAGUUAUGAAGUUCUUGUGUCUGGUGCAGUCCCAGAAUGUGAAGUUGAUCACACAACCGGUGAAAAAGAAGAUGAGGGCAUCAUAACCUCUGUAGAAAAUCAAGAGUGUGAUGGUCUCAUGGCUGCCACAGUCAGUGAUGGUAUUACCAACCAGAAUAGUUUAGCUGGUGGUAAAAGUCAAGAAAAAGGCUUGAUGAUUUCCACCAGUACCACAAGUGAUUAUACCCCUCAGCUAAGCAUGAUUGUAAAUGUGGAAAAAGGCCAUUCCAGUGCUCUGAGAAGUGGGGAUAAUGUGGAAGAUGCUAGAGUAAACAUGGAAGAAUUUGAGGCGCCCAUGCCCAGUGCAGCUGCAGGAGGUGACAGCCAACCCACUGCUACUAGAAAUGAAGAGAAAGAUGAGUGUGCCAUGAUUUCCACAAGCAUACAGGAAGAGUUUGAAGUGCCUAUUUCCAGUGCAACAACCACCAAAUCUGCUGAAAGCCAGCAGCUAGUUGCAGCAGUUGAGGAAAGAGACAAAGAUCCAAUUUCAGAAAGUACAGAGGACUUUGAGGCACCUAUGCCCAGCGCACCCACGGAAGUUGAAAGUCCUCUUGCCUCCACCAGCAAGGAUGAAAAAGAUGAGUGCGCUCUCAUUUCCACAAGCAUAGCCGAAGAAUGUGAGGCCUCUAUUUCUGGUGUAGCUGUUGAAAGUGAAAACGUGCAGUCAGCUACAGUCCUGGAAGAGAAAGAUGGAAGUGCUGUCAUCUCAACCAGCUCAGUAGAGGACUGUGAGGGCCCUGUGUCCAGUGCAGCCCCCCAGGAGGAAAUCCACCCCUGUGUCACGCCAGCAGAAGAGAUCAGUGACACCACCAUGAUUUCCACAAGUACCUCCGAAGGGCGUGAAGCAAUCAUGGUCAGUGCCAUCCCACGGGAUGAGGAUCAGCCCACGACUGCACGAGUGGAGGACCCGAGUGACGCAGCCAUCAUCUCCACCAGCACAGCCGAAUGUGCGCUGAUCAUCGCCGGCCUGGACCAGUGUAAAGAGAAUCAGCUCCCUGCCAGCAUCCCCAAAGGAAAUGAUGACCUGCCAGCAUUGUCAGCUGCAAAGGUGAGCAAGCGUGCUGUCCCUGCACCCAGCCUAAUUGCUGAGAAUAACCGUCAGUGUCCCAGGCCUCUUGCAGGAGGAAAAGAAGUGGGCCCUGUGAUGGCUGGAAGCAUCGAGAAAGAGCGUGAGCAUACAUCCAUCAGUGUGCACUCUGCAGGGAGCAGCCAGCCGAGCACUGCGAACGCGGGAGAGAAAGAUGGACGUGGCAAGGACUGUUCCGGCAAGGUUCUGUUUGCAGAAAGGGGACAAUGUGAGAAUGCUUUGAGCCUUGUAAACACAGGAGGGGAGAGUAUACUGUUGAGCUCUGUUCAGAAAGGAAAUAAGAGCCAUGAGGCCAGGACAGCAAGGGGUAGCACCACAGCCAGCUGGUCGGCCAGAAGGGACUUGGAGAGGAGUGCUCACUCACUCCUCAGUCUGCAAGGACCAGAAGAAGCAUCUGGGCAGACAGCUGAGGACUCCUCUGUCAGUGUUCGGUGUUUGGCAGCAGUAGAUACCGGUGCUAAAGAAGCUGGCCUGCUAGGUGGGCAGGAUGCUGCAGCAGGCCAUUGCUCUGCUCCCACUGACCAGCGGAGGCCUGAGGACCACUUGAAAACCACGUCCACUGAAUGUAUCAAUGGCCAAGAGUCAGAAGUGACUCCUUCCAACGUGACGGUUCUUCCAGCUGCCAGUGACAUAGCGCAGUCGGCUCCAAACUGUGAGCAGGACUUGACGGUGAAGAGCGGGCCUGGGCACAAAUGGACUGCUGAAGCUUCCACUGGGAAAGCGGGAGAUGGACAUGGUGUGACACAGUCCUUGCAGGGGGAAGGAGACCUGUUCCCAGUCACUGUUUCUCCUGAAGGGAAUGUGUGUGCAACAGGCAAUGAAGAGUCUCCACUGCAGGUUUUGGGAGGAUUGGAGCUGAAAGCCAGCUUGAAAACUGAGACACUUGUGCCUUCAGAGGAGGAGAAAACUGAACUUCUGGUCCCACCAGGAAGUCCCUGCGUGGAAAAGCCAAGUGGAAUAGGUAACCUACAGAGGGUACCGUCUUUGGUGAGUGAAUCACUGGAUGUCAAAAAUUCAGACUCAGGAACAAAGGAAGAACUCCAUAGCAAAUCUUGGGACAAGGAAGAGAUUUCCAAUGGGAAAAAUACCAGCACAGAAACCGCAAGAGGCUGCCGGGUCGAAGCAAACCCUAAAGAGGUUGAAAUUUCAGUCCAAGAGGAAGAAAGACAUAUGGCUAAAAGAAAAAGAAAGAAGCACUGUCCCUCAUCAGAUGAUGAACUGGAUGAUAAUCCAGAUGCCCUGAUUUCCAGAGUGGGAACCUCACGGAGGCCACGCUCACAAACCGAGCUGCAUGGGGCCAAGGAGGCGUGCUCUGGUGAUCUGAGAGAGCUGGCAACAGCAAGCUGUAAGACAAGCAGCACUGCUUCCAAGACCAAGGAUGAGAAAGAUGAAUCCAGCAGCAGUGAAGCUACUGGUGAAAAGACGGAGCCGAAUGACGACGACACCCUGAAAUCUCGGGAGGACAAUCAGCCUGUAAUUAUUAAAAGGAGGAGAGGAAGACCUCGUAAACACCCCAUAGAAGCCGUGUUGAAAGCGAAAGAGGACUCCAGAGGAGACACUGGCCUUGUCACUGUAGAACAACCUCCAGCUAACAGUAAAGUCAAAGUAAUGCAAACAGAAUCCUCAGAGCCAGAAAGAAAACGCCAGAAAUGGGUUUCUGACGGGACUGAGGACAAGAAAGACCAGGAGUCAGAUGAGGAAGAGGAAGAGGAGGAGGACGAUGAGCCCUCGGGAGCCACCACGAGAUCCGCCACCAGAUCGGAGGCUCAGAGAUCAAAGACACAGAUCUCCCCUUGUACCAAGCGCAAGAGAGAAGCCAGCCCUCCCGGGGCGCGGACGCGAGGCCAGCAGAGGGUGGAGGAAGCGCCUGUGAAAAAGGCCAAGCGGUGA